UGCCUGUAAAAGCACUUCUCAUAAUAAUUUCCCAACCCCCUCUCUAGGGUGCCCAUCCCUCCAAUUUUUCACAAUGACACACCCUGUCACCUACUUAGCCACCAUCGUCUUCUUCCUCAUCCUCGCCAGCUCGCCGCCCGCUCGGGCCAUUCCCAGCCCGAAAAGACGGCCCAGCCUAACCAAGCAGCUGUUCAUGGGUCCCCAGAAUGCGGCUCGAUCGCUGCUCAGAAUGCGACCGCUGGUGUGGGACCCCAAGCUUGCUCGUUACGCCCGGUGGUACGCCAACCAGAGGCGCUCCGACUGCGCGCUCCAGCACUCCAACGGCCCCUACGGCGAGAACAUAUUCUGGGGCAGCGGCACCGGGUGGUCGCCAGCUCAGGCCGCGGCGGCGUGGGUGUCGGAGAAGAAGUAUUACAAUUACGGGUCAAACUCAUGCGCGGCGGGGCAGAUGUGUGGGCAUUAUACGCAGGUGGUGUGGAAGACGACGACAAGGGUAGGGUGUGCUAAGAUUAAUUGCUAUGGCGGGAAGGGCGUGUUCAUGACCUGUAACUACGAUCCUCCUGGUAACUACAUCGGAGAGAGACCUUACUGAUCAAUGACUUGUUUGGGUUUUCUUGCCGCCGCCGCCGUCCCCGAUCUCCGGAAGUGGAAUAAAGACAUAGAAAAUGUAUAAUGUGUUAGCCAGAUACUUUCUGUAUCGUUGAAGAUUGAACUGUUUGUUCAUGACGUGGAUCUAAAUCCAAGUAUAUUUGCUCAGUUCUCCAUUGAAUCACUGAGCUGGAUCUGGUUUAUGUGGUCUUUGUUUACUAGUUAAGUUGUAUAUUAUAUAUUUGUCUUGUUAUUAAUUAUAUAUAAUUAUGUAUGGUUGAUUUGGAAGUGUAAAAGCUAGUAACAUUUCUAAAUGGAAUCUGAUUUAUCUAAAA